CUCGGGGAGGGACUGAGUUCGGGGAACAACCCCAUUCCCGAGAACUGGAAGGGACUGCCUUCAAAACUCACUGGGAAAAUCUCCGCUCAGCGCCAGUGCAGGCGAUUAAAGUUAAAAGUUGCGUUGCUGCAAGUUCUCCCACCCCUUUUUUUGUGAUUUCCCAUCCCCAUUUAUUCGUCGCUCCCCUGAGAAUCUGAGUCCGGGAGGAUUGCACAAUUGCAAACGAGCCGUGAGGCUGAAAGUCGCCAUCAGCAAACAGUGGGAGAGUCGCGAUCUGAGUUGGCCCCCAAAUUUCGGGCUCUUGCAGUAAUUCACUGUUCAAGGGCCUUGCUGGUAGCAGGAUGUUCGACAGCCACUUCUAUAUAGAGAGCUAAAACCAGAGUGUGGUGUGGUAUGGCCUCGAAAAUUCUCCACAAAUUUAGAAGGAAGGUUAAAAAACACAACACGACCGAGGAAACGGCGGAAGAUUUUCCGGAAAGAUCCGAACUCGAUGAUGAUGAUACAGAGGGGUUGUCAGCGCGCCUGAGUGGGACGUUGAGUUUUGGAGAUGUUGGUGUGCCAGAUGAGGACUGUACCCAAACAGCUGCAGCGAACAGUGACUCUGAUUUUACACAAAGUUUUGAAAGUGGUGGGAUUGAAUACACAGAGAGCCUUUGGGGUGAGGUGAAGCACUGCAACGUGCUUACUAAACAGCUUCAGGAAAGUUGGAAGAAAUCCAAAGGGAACUACAUCGUUGAGAAACUGAUUUUUGAGGUCACCAGUGCCAAUGUCGUUCAGGACUCAUCCUCCAAAUAUGUGGCCUAUACCAUACAUAUUAUAAAAUCAGGCAGCUUCGAUGACCACAAGGCAUUGAUUAUUCGGCGUUACACUGAUUUUGCAAAACUGAAUGAGAAACUCCACAAACAUUUCAAGGAGGAGAUGAGCAAUGUGGUGUUUCCAAAGAAGAUCAUCCGGAAAAACUUCACACACGAAACCAUAGCCAAACGCAGCCGAGCUUUUGAACAGUAUCUCCAGCACAUCCACUCAAUCACAGACAUUUGCAGGUCCAAAGUAUUCCUAGACUUCUUUUAUCUGCAUGAUUUAAAAGCAAGUCAGGGAUUAUUGCGGGGUGGUAUGUGUGAGGAUGCUAUAGAAACACUGAUGAAUGCUCUUCACUUGCAACAGAAGCUGGGGUCCUGGGAUGCUGAGCACUUACUUUUCACUCAAGCUUCUAUUUCACUUUGUUACCAAGAACUGGAUCGCUUGGAAGAGGCCCAGGCCUACUGUGAGCAGGCCUUACAGACAAUAGACAACCAGAAGAAUCAUCCACUACUGGUACCUUUACUUCAUUCCAACAUCAGAUUGUCCUGGAAAAUAGCUAAAGACAAACGUCAGUCAGAAGCCAGACUCCAGCAACUUCAAGAAUCAGGGAUAGAUGUUUUAAAUCAUCCUAGCCUUAAAGAAUAUCUUAUUAAAGAUUUUUUAGAUUGAAUAAGACAGUUUGAUGCCACAUGGGGGUUGGGGGGGAACCACUGUAGUUUCAUUAAAAUGAUUGUUUUAUAUCUGCAAGAACUUUUGAAAGGAACCAAAAUUUAGUAGGAAUCUCCAUUUUUCUGUGUAAUGUAUGCAGCAUAUUUCGCUUUUCCUAUAUCAGAAAGCAAAGGUUAUGACACUUAAGAUAUAAUGUUGUAAAAUAAAACAUUUUAUAUUUG